AUGACUUCUGUGCGUAUUGCCGUCGAAGGCUGCGGCCAUGGUAGCCUCGACGCUAUCUAUGAGAAUGUAGCCAACAAGGCCAAACAGAAGGGAUGGGAGACUGUUGACUUGGUCAUCAUCGGUGGAGACUUCCAGGCCCUCCGCAAUUCUUAUGAUGCGACUUGUCUAUCUGUCCCGGAUAAGUACAAGCAGAUUGGUGACUUCCAUCAAUACUACAGUGGUUGCCGGGUUGCUCCGUACCUGACCAUUUUCAUUGGGGGUAACCAUGAAGCCAGCAACUAUUUGUUUGAACUUCACUACGGUGGCUGGGUGGCGCCCAACAUCUACUACCUCGGCGCAGCCAACACCAUUCGCUUUGGCCCUUUGCGCAUCUCGGGAAUGUCAGGGAUCUGGAAAGGCUAUGACUACCGGAAGCCGCACUACGAGCGGUUGCCGUACAACAGAGACGACGUCUCUUCCAUCUACCAUAUCAGAGAGGUGGAUGUGCGCAAGCUGCUACAGAUUCGCACCCAAGUCGACAUCGGUCUGUCACAUGAUUGGCCCAAGGGCAUCGAGAGGCACGGCGACUUUGAGAAAUUGUUCCGCAAGAAGCAGGGCUUCCGAGCUGAUUCGGAUUCUGGAAGACUCGGGAGUGUUGCCGCACGCGAGGUCCUAGAUUACCUGCGUCCCAAGCACUGGUUUUCGGCUCAUCUCCACGUCCGAUUUGCCGCAGAGGUGCACCACGGUCCGUACCCUGCCGAGAUGACCACUUUCCAGCCCGGCGAGGCUAAGGUCAAUGCCACCAUCCCAGAGACAGGUCCUGCCACCGUUGUUCCACGAAGUAAUAUUGACAAGCGCGCUCUAGCUGGUCAUCGUCUACUUGGAUCCGCGGUGGGGGAUGAAAAGUCCCGCAUUGCGGCCUGGCAGGGCUUCGGCGCAAUCGCUCGGGAGAGGGAGCUGGCCGAUGGCAAAGCGUUCAUGGCGGCUUUCAAGGCUAGAACGGCGUCGGAUCCUCCCCGAGACAUCAAGUUCGAGGAGACUGCCAGGAUCGGGCGAGGACCGGUCCAGAGGUUCAUACGUGGUGCCGAUGGAGCGCGCGUGAAAGAAGCCCCGGUUGAGGGUGACGAAAUUGACAACGAUGAGAAACUCGGACAGGGAAACACCCCUGUGGUUACACCCAACGCUCAUGGAUCUUCCGAAAAGGGAAUGGAGCUCCCUUCCGACAAGAAAGUGGUCGAAGCUGGCAUCGAGCCUGUCGCCGGUGGUAACAGCAAGGGUGGACCUGUUUGCAACGCGGACCAAGUUGAUAUUGUGUCCAGCCCCAGCAGCUCUACCAGCACAAAUGCGCCUGCUGAGAAGGAUACUGCGUCGGUCUUCAAGACAACCAAGGACGUCACGGAGAACGUCAGCAAUGCUGACAAAAUCAGCCUGGCAACCAGCCCUGAGAGUGCCACGAGUCUGAACUCUCCUCCUGCUCGAAAGGCUCUUCCGAAAGCCGACAUUUCCCGCGAAUGGGAAAAGGACCGCGGCCAGAAUGAUUGGUGGGCAGCAGGUGAGGAUGAGUUGGUUGGUACGCUGCAGAAAGAACUCCCGACCACUCUUGAGAAACCACCUACACCCGCCCAUGUCACCAAGACUCUUCCGACUCCUGCCGACAUCACCAACACGGUGACUGAAUUCCUCACUUUGGACAAACCGCAUAGUCGCGAUCCCUUUGUCGAGCUCCUGGAGAUCGAGCCCAUCUCCAAGCAGAAUGGUGAUGUAGCACAGCGCCCUUUCAAACUGGAGUACGAUGCCGAAUGGCUCGCCAUCACUCGCAUCUUUGCCGACGAACUACGUCUUGGAGGAAACCCGAACGACUCUGUCCCCCGACACCAGGGCUACGAGCACUACCAGGAGAGGCUCGCUCAAGAAGAGCAAUGGGUGAAAGAGAACAUUGUUGAGAAGGGACGCUUGAAGAUUCCUGAGAACUUCGUGGUGACUGCCCCAGUGCACGAUGUUUCUGUUCCGAUUGGUACUCUCGAGCAACCUCGUGAGUAUCCGAAUCCGCAGACCGCAGCGUUCUGUGAGCUACUUAAUAUUGAGAACGUCUUCGGAAUUACCGAUGAAGAGGUCCAGGCUCGUAUGGCAGCCGGGCCGCCUCAUCGCGAGCAAUUCGGCGGUCUUCGCCGGGGUGGCCGUGGCGGUCGUGGCGGUCGAGGUGGUCGAGGUGGUCGUGGUGGUCGAGGCGGUCGCGGUCGUGGUCGCGCUGCGGCUGGACCCCGUUGCUAG